AUGAGAGAGAAGGAGCUUGACCUCUUGCUGUGCUUCAUAACAAAAGAACCGCUAUGUCUGAGUCCAAACCUAGUUGUUCAAGGCUACAAAUCUGUUGGCAAAACGUACACUGUUUUGAAUUAUCUUCAUGAGCUAGGAAUAAAGAAGAGUAUAGUCAACUGCGAUGAAUGCAUAACUCAGAAGAUCUUACUACAAAGAUGCCUCAUGUCAAUAAUGGCGGAAAGUGGAAAGGAAUAUGACGCACUGAAUUUCAUGUACAAAGGUUUGAAAGCGGCUCGAACGUCUGUCUUGUGUGAGAACUUUGCAUACUUUUUGAUGCUGUUAGAACAGUUUAUUGUUGCUACUGGUUACAAUGAACCACAUGUCCUUGUGCUAGAUAGAUUUGACCAAUGUUGCGACCCCACUGAUGAUCUAUUUUCUGCAUUUGUCAGAUUGCAAGAACAUUCCGUCAUCCGCAAUAUCAGUGUCAUUUACAUCACCUCUCAUGAUGACCCACGAGAGAUAUCCACUCUAUCUGUUCCGCACAUACAUUUCGGACCAUAUUCCCAGGAUCAACUCGUCGAAAUUUUGCAAGCAAAACACUCUUUCCACUUGAAUGAUGUUUCACCAGACGAGGAUGUUGCAUUCUGGAGGAAUUUCACGAAGUUGAUUGUUGAUCUCUUUUAUGACUACACAGGCUCUGACCUAUUACUCUUGUCCGAUCUUUGUCAUAAUCUCUGGCAUAAAUUUGCAAAUCCUGUCAAUAAUGGAAGAUACAAGCCUUCCGAGUUCCUUCGUCUUUUCAGAGAUAUCAGAGACCAGAUUUUCAAUGAUAGCAUUGUGAGCAAUAGCUGCAUCACAGAUUACAUUACCAAAACCGAAGAAGUUCCUUCUAACGUUUCUCCGGUUGCAGAUUUGCCUUAUCAUUCCAAGUUUCUCUUAAUCGCAUCUUACUUGGCUUCAUAUGUGGAUCCAAAAAGUGACCUUAAUGUAUUUUCGAGAAUGAAAACACUAAAAAAGAGAAAAGAAAGGAAAACAACAGAAUCAUCCAUCAGCAAGAAAAACAUCAAUUCAAGACUAUUGUCAGCAUCAUUUUUCGAUCUAGAACGAUUGAAGGCGAUUCUUUCGGUGAUUUACAGAAACGAAUCAAAGUCGUUGUCACAAGAUAACCAAGAAUACUUGAACUUGUAUCAAGACCUUACGGAACGAGAACUCGCAAAGAAAGACAAUGAGUUUGCAACAUUUACCUUGAAUACUACAGUUGAUGUUAACACUCAGUUAUCUACUCUUGUAUCGUUGGGACUAAUUAAUAGAACCUAUGCUCUGGAUAUUCUAAGCUCAAAAAUUCGGUGGAAAUGCAACGUGGGUUGGGAUAUAAUAGAGAGUCUCGCCCGAGAAAUACUGUUUCCGAUUGAAAAUUAUAUACUUGAUAGAUAG